AUGGAAUCUUCAUCUACGCCUCCUAAGUUCCACUUCCGAGACCACUCAUUUCCGGAAUCUCAAAAUUCGAUGCAUUCAUCAGAUGCCAGUUCCGACGUCGUUUCUGCGGUCUCACUGUCUAUCAGUGAUCCUGAUAUUGCUGAGCUUGAUAUUGAAUCCAUGACCGGAAGGGGCAUCAAACAUCUGUGUGAUGAACUUCGGGAGCUAAAGGAAGCAGCAAGUGAAGAUUUACAGAAAAACAUCUUUGCUAAUUAUUCCUCUUUCCUUAGAAUAUUAGAGGAGGCGACAGGAGUAGAGAAUGAGCUUGUGCAACUAGAAAACCAUUUCAUAUCCCAUAAAAGGCUAGUAAAGGACCUUACUGAUCGCAUAUAUCCGAUGACAUUGUCCUUAAACUCAACCUUCGAAGAUCAUAUAGAUGAUGUUGAACCAUCUUCCCCAAGCGAAUUGGAAUCUCAUAUCAAUGAUCUUUCAGAGAAGCUGGAUAUUCUUAUGGCAGAAAACAGGAUAGAUGAAGUCCUGGACCUUAUAGAAUCUGCAGAUGAACAUUACCAAAGAAUCGAAUUGGAAGACUAUUCCCAUAGUGAGAUAAUGUUGUUUAACACUGUAAUUUCUGAGAAAAAGUCCAUGCUUACACAACAGUUGACACAGAUAGCAGAGAAUAAAAGAACAUCAGGACCAGAGCUACGAAGGGCACUAGCUGCACUUUGCAGGCUUGGUGAUAGUCAACUUGCCAUUCAUCUGUUGUUUAAAUAUUACCAUUUGCGUAUUGUAACAGGAACAAAUGAUUUGCAGUGGCCAAAAUCAUCUUCAAAUGAUAUAUGUAUCAGGGAAUUUGCAAGGUUUGUGUUUUCUAUGAUUUCACAAGCAGCAAGAAGCUUUGUGAUGUUAUGUGGAGAAACUUCUCCUUAUGCCUCAGAACUUACGCUGUGGGCACAUGAAGAAACAAAGUCAUUUAUUGCUUGUUUUGACAAACAUAUUAAAUGUUUCUCAGCAAUAAGUGUUGGGUUGUCCUCUGCCAUAAAUGCUGUGAAGUUUGGAGUCUUGUAUUGUUCUUUGUUAGAAAAUCAGAAACUGGUGUUGCGGCCAUACUUGGUAAGGCAUCUUUGCCCCUGCAUGGAAGAGGUUUUGGAUACACAUAUAAACCAUUAUAAGAAAGUGAUUGCUAUCUUCUCAGAAAGUGAUCCUUGGAUUUUAGAGAAAUACCUUGUGUCUGGAGUGUUUGGUGGAGCUGGAUCUUCAACUCUUGCUGUUGGGGAACAAACAGAAUAUUGCCUACUAACUACCAGUGGCAGGAAGGUUCUGACACUAUUGCAGGCCAUCAUAGAAGAUAUUUCUCCUUUAGUUGGCCUUCAAAUGGGAAGUUUAGUCAUUAGUGGACUCACGAACCUCUUCACAGAGUAUAUAAUCAUACUUGAGAGGGGCCUUACCAAUGAAACAAGCACAAUAGUGCAAGGUAGUCCAAGAAUCAAGUUAGCUGAGUCACUACCACAACAGGUUUCUAUUUUAGCCAACUUGUCAACGUUAGUGCAGUUUCUCUCUACUAUGGUCAAAAGUAUCUUUAGCAGCUCCGGUCACAUGGAUUCACAAGUAAUUGAAAACAAUUCAAUUGUUCAUCAGCAGCAAGAACUUGAUGAUUUUCUAUUGUUUAUUAAAGAGGGCUCCAAUAAGUUGAGAAAUGUGUUCUGGCAGCAAUUAGUUCUCAGAGUGUUGUCUACUUACCGUAGCCAUGAAAUAUUUUCAGCUUUUCAAUACAAUGACCAGUUUGAUGCUAACAUGAUACACAAUCCAAUGCCCUCUUUUAUCUUUCAGGUUUUGUUUCUAGAACUGAGGAAAAUAGAACAACUUGACGAAGAAAAUGUGUUUGAAGUGAAUUGGUUGAUGGGAUUACUAAGAGAGCUGAUGGAGUUUAUGUUUAUUUGGGUUUCCAAGAACAAAGAGAUCCAUGAAACUACGGAAGAGAAUGUGAGCUUACAAACUGAUGAGGCCAACCAGUUUAUUUUGGAUGUGCAAUUCCUGGUGGAAAUUGGAAUGUAUGGAGGAUACUUCUUCAACGAUCCUUUGCUCCUUCUCACUCUCAUGAAAUCAACCUUUAAUUCAGCAGGACUUGACCCUUUCAAAGAUGUAGAUAAUGAUGAUUGGGCUAUAGAUGCUGCUACAAAAACGAUUCAAAAGCUGUUGGAGAUUGAGAAAACAAGUUUGCAUCCAAAGGAACCUGUUGUUACUAUCCAGGAGGAGUUACAUGAAUAUGAGAACCAAAUCAAUCAAUCCACUUAUGGAUGUAAUGAUUCUUUUGAGGAAGGUGAUAUAAACUCUUCAGAGAAUAACAUAGAUGAGGUGGAUGAAGUGGAAGAUGAGUCAGAAGCUGCUGCCCUGUGGAGGAAUCAUUAG